AUGCUCGCUUCCUUCCAGCAGAGGAAGGGGCCGGCGCCGGCGGACUGCCGCACCGGGGAGAGUUCGUCACCGGUCGAGUGGGCACACGAGACCGCGUCGCUGGCACGAGAGGAGCAGAGAGAGCGCCGCCUCCCCCUUUCUCUGCUCUGUGCUGCCUCGCCCCUUUCUCUGCUCGGCGCCGCAAAGCUGGAUCGACGGCGACGAGCGACGCCGCGUCUCCUAACCACACUGACAGCAACGGGCUCGACGGCGACGGGCGACGCCACGUUUCCUCACCACGCCGGAGGCAGACGGACGCGCCUCCCCUGGUUUCUCGCCGAACGUGACGAGCAGAAGCAGAGGCCUAUCGUCGCAACAAUAGACAAGGAAAAGGGGAAGGCGAAUGGGAAGGAGAAGGAGAAAGAGAGGACCUUGGACUCCAUUAUGAAGAGUAAGUUGCCGGUCUCGGGGACCUCCGCCUUGACGUCCCCUGACCCCACCAGUGCUGGCGUGCGUGCCGGGAUCGCCGCUGCCUCUGGCUCCGCAAACGACUAUGAGAGGGAGGCUACAUCUUCCCAGGCAAUGGAGCAUGAUAAGCAAGUGGAGGAGGAUCAUGAAGAUGUGGAAGAGGAUGAGGAGGAGGACGAGGAAGAGCAAGAUACUUUGUUUGAGGUGCCGUCUGGGGUUGGUGACAAAUCAGAUUUAGAUGAAUUUCCGGAUAGUGAAAAUUUCUUUGUUUCGCUGUCAAUAUCUGAUGUUUUUGCUGUGUAA